AGCAGCAUUAAAGAAGAAGUAGAAGAAGAAGACGCCGGCCACAAAACACUGGGUCCGUUUUUGGAAUCGGGUUAUGAAAUCAAAACUGACCUCCUAUUAAUCAGUCGGGGUUUGAACUCCCAUACACGUCGCGGAAAAUGGGAUUUGACAAAUUCUGCAGUGUGGACAGUUCCGAUCCGUUUUGGGAUUGGAACCGUACAUGGUACACUGCUAACCCAGACCUCACCCAGUGCUUCCAGAACACUGUCCUCACGUGGCUGCCGUGCUUUUACCUCUGGUUGUGUGCCCCUGUCUACCUCAUUUAUCUUUACAGCCAUGACCAUGGCUACAUAUGUAUGAGUCACCUCAACAAAAGUAAAACUGCUGUUGGCCUCCUGCUGUGGAUUGUCUGCUGGUCAGAUGUUUUUUAUUCUUUUUGGGAAAGAAGUCAUGGCAGCACUGUCCCUGCACCUGUUCACCUUGUCAGUCCGACCUUACUUGGCUUCACCAUGCUGCUAGCCACAUUGUUAAUCCAGUAUGAACGCAUGAAAGGCGUUCAGUCGUCUGGGGUAAUGCUGAUCUACUGGCUGCUCGCACUUGUGUGUGCCACAGUCAUCUUCAGGUCCAAGAUCCUCCAGGCCUUGGACCAGCAAUCGACGGUCUGCGUGUGGAGGUACACCACCUUCUUUAUCUACUAUGGUCUGCUGCUGGUUGCUCUCUUCCUGUCCUGCCUGACUGACCAGCCGCCUCUCUUCUCCCAGACUAUUAAAGAAUUGAAUCCAUGCCCUGAACCCGGAGCUUCUUUUCUCUCUCGAACAACCUUCUGGUGGAUCACUAGUAUGUUGGUGAUGGGCUACAAACACCCACUGCAGGAAAAAGACCUGUGGUCUCUAAACGCAGAGGACUGCUCCCAGAGAGUGGUUCCACAGCUGGUGUAUCGCUGGAACAGAGAAUGUCAAAAGGUCAAAAGGACAGAGCAGAGAACUUUGUAUUCCCCCAAGCAGGUCCAACACACUGAGGGCAAAGAAGGCCGAAAUUUGGAGGAGUCUGAGAUCUUGAUUGUAAAAACCCCCCGCAAAACAAAGGAACCAUCCCUGUUCCGGGCAUUGUGCCUGACCUUUGGGCCCUUCUUCCUCAUCUCCUGCCUCUAUAAGAUCAUCCACGAUGUCCUCAUGUUCAUUGGACCCGAGAUCCUUCGGCUGCUGAUUGACUUUGUCAACAACUCCAGCGCCCCCUCCUGGCAGGGCUACUUCUACACCGCUUUGCUCUUCAUAUGUACCACUGUGCAGUCACUCAUUCUUCAGAAGUACUUUCACGUCUGCUUUGUCUCAGGCAUGCGUCUACGCACUGCCAUCAUUGGAGCUGUCUACAGGAAGGCAGUGGUUAUAAGCAGCGCAGCACGGCGCACGUCCACAGUGGGCGAGAUUGUAAAUCUGAUGUCGGUAGAUGCUCAGCGCUUCAUGGACCUCAUCACUUACAUCAACAUGAUAUGGUCUGCCCCUCUGCAGGUGGUGCUGGCCCUUUACUUUCUCUGGCAGAACCUGGGACCAUCUGUGCUGGCUGGAGUGGCUGUGAUGGUUCUUAUGGUUCCUGUUAAUGCUGUUAUCGCAAUGAAAACCAAAACCUACCAGGUGGCUCAGAUGAAGAGUAAGGACAGUCGCAUUAAGCUGAUGAAUGAGAUACUGAAUGGAAUCAAGGUGCUAAAGCUGUAUGCCUGGGAGCUGGCGUUCAAGGACAAGGUGUCAGAAAUUCGUGAGUGUGAGCUGCAGGUUCUGAAGAAGGCCGCCUACCUGGCUGCAGUGUCCACCUUCACCUGGGUCUGUGCACCUUUCUUGGUUGCCCUGGCCACAUUCACAGUGUAUGUCCUGAUUGACGAACAUAAUGUGCUUGAUGCCCAAAAGGCCUUUGUGUCACUGGCCCUCUUCAAUAUCCUCCGUUUUCCGCUCAACAUGCUGCCAAUGGUCAUCAGCAGUAUGGUGCAGGCCAGUGUAUCCUUGAAGCGGCUAAGAGUGUUUCUAUCACACGAGGAGCUGCAGGAAGACUGUGUGGAGCACCAAGUAGCAGCAAGCUCACCAUACAGUAUCUCCAUAGUGGAUGGAGUUUUCAGCUGGGCCAGAACUGAAUCACCGACACUCAAGAAGCUGAAUGUGUGUAUCCCAGACGGCUCUCUUGUGGCUGUGGUGGGACACGUGGGUUCAGGAAAGUCCUCCCUGCUUUCUGCCCUGCUUGGAGAAAUGGACAAGCUAGAAGGAACUGUGACUGUCAAGGGUUGGGUGGCUUAUGUUCCCCAGCAGGCCUGGAUCCAGAAUUCCACACUCAAAGACAACAUAAUGUUUGGUCAGGAGAGGAGAGAGGCCUGGUAUCAGCGUGUGGUGGAGGCAUGUGCCCUUCAGCCUGACCUGGAGAUCCUUCCUGCUGGAGAUGAGACCGAGAUUGGAGAGAAGGGAGUGAAUCUGUCUGGUGGUCAGAAGCAGAGAGUGAGCCUGGCCAGGGCUGUCUACUGUGACCGUGCUGUGUAUCUGCUGGAUGACCCUCUGUCAGCCGUUGAUGCUCAUGUAGGGAAACACAUCUUUGAUCAAGUGAUUGGCCCGCAGGGACUACUGAAGGACAAGACUCGUGUGCUGGUGACCCAUGGGCUGAGCUACCUUCCCCAGGCUGACCUGAUCCUGGUGAUGGUGGAGGGAGAGAUCACAGAGAUGGGCUCCUACCAGCAGCUCAUGGCCAGAGACGGAGCCUUUGCCGAGUUUCUGCGAACAUACACUGCGGUUGACCACAUUGACAACGAUGAAUCUCUGGAAAAGAGUGACACCAAAGGACUAGACAAUGGCAGUGUCGCUGCUGUUGUUGGUCCAGGUGUCAGCACUGUGUCAAAACCGUCCCAGACAAGCAACGAGGGUCAGAUGCUGAGCAGGAAUGCAAAGAUUUCAGAGAUGGGCAAACUGACAGAGCCUGAUAAGGCCAGCACUGGGCGGGUCAAGCUGUCUGUGUUUUGGGCCUAUCUGAAAGCCAUCGGAGUGCUGCUGUCCUGCAUCAGUCUGGUGCUGUUCCUCACCCAUCACCUGGUAUCGCUGUUCUCCAACUACUGGCUUAGCCUGUGGACUGAUGACCCUGUGGUUAAUGGCACUCAGCCUAACAGACUGAUGAGACUUGGGGUGUAUGGGGUUCUUGGCCUGUCCCAGGGUCUAGCAGUCUUUGGUUACUCCCUCUCCAUGUCCAUAGGGGGCAUCCUGGCAUCCCGAUACCUCCACCAAUCCAUGCUGUAUGAUGUUCUGCGCUCACCUAUGUCCUUUUUUGAACGAACCCCCAGUGGAAACCUGGUCAACCGGUUUGCCAAGGAGAUGGACACAAUUGACUCAGUGAUCCCCAGCAUUAUUAAGAUGUUCAUGGGCUCUAUGUUCACCGUGCUGGGCGCUUGUACUAUCAUUCUGAUCACCACACCGAUAGUAGCUGUUAUCAUUCCCGUUCUGGGUGUACUUUACGUUUUUGUGCAGAGGUUUUACGUAGCAUCAUCUCGCCAGCUGAAGCGUCUAGAGUCAGUUAGCCGUUCACCCAUCUAUUCCCACUUCAAUGAAACACUGCUGGGCAUCUCUGUCAUCCGAGCAUUUGGUGAACAAGAGCGCUUCAUCGGUGUGAGUGACCAGCGAGUGGACCACAAUCAGAAGGCUUACUACCCAAGCAUAGUGGCAAACAGGUGGCUGGCAGUUCGCCUUGAGUUUGUGGGAAAUGUCAUUGUGUCAUCUGCUGCUUUGUGCGCUGUCAUAGCCAGAGAUAGCCUCAGUCCAGGAAUCAUGGGGCUGUCUAUUUCCUAUGCCCUCCAGUUGACUGCCUCUCUGACAUGGCUGGUGAGGAUGUCCUCUGACGUGGAGACCAACAUAGUGGCUGUGGAGAAAGUGAAGGAGUACAGUGACACAGAGAAAGAGGCAGAGUGGAAACAUGAGCCCUCCACCCUCCCCCCAGGGUGGCCCACUGAUGGCUGCAUAGACAUUAGAGGCGUCAGCCUGCGCUAUCGCGACGAUCUGGACCCAGCCAUUCGCAACAUCACCAUCAGCAUCAACGCAGGAGAGAAGGUGGGAAUUGUGGGGCGCACUGGAGCAGGGAAGUCAUCCCUGACACUGGGGCUGUUCCGGAUCAUUGAGGCAGCUGAGGGCCACAUCUUCAUUGAUGGGGUGGAUAUUGCUCUACUGGGCCUUCAUGAGCUCCGCUCCAGAAUCACCAUCAUACCACAGGACCCAGUGCUUUUUUCAGGCUCUCUGAGAAUGAACCUGGAUCCUUUUGACAACUACUCUGAUGAGGAAGUAUGGAGGGCUCUGGAAUAUUCCCAUCUCAAGAGCUUUGUUUCCAGCUUGCCUAACAAACUCAGCCAUGAAUGUAGUGAAGGAGGAGAGAACCUCAGUGUGGGUCAGCGACAGCUGCUGUGUCUGGCCAGAGCUCUGUUGAGGAAAACUAAAAUCUUGGUUCUAGAUGAGGCCACAGCAGCUGUUGAUAUGGAGACAGACAACCUGAUCCAAUCCACUAUCCGUUCUCAGUUUGAGGACUGCACAGUCCUGACGAUAGCUCAUCGCCUUAACACCAUCAUGGACUACACCAGGGUCCUGGUGUUGGACAAGGGGGAGAUGGCAGAGUUUGAUUCCCCCUCCAAUCUCAUUGCUAAAAGAGGAGACUUUUACUCUAUGGCCAAGGAUGCUGGGCUGGUCUGAUUGCAGGAGAAACCUCACAUUGUCUGCUCCUCCCAGCAGCUGUGGCUUCCUGCUGUGGACGUCCUGAGUUCAAGAAUAAAUGGGAGAUCAAGCAGGGGAAUUUUAGUGAGUUGGCUAUUUAAAUAUGAGAGUUGAUGAGAACAAAGGAUUUGGUUUGAUGUGCCCCACUCUACAGCUCCGUCCUUAUUUAAUUACACAAUUCUGUGCUGCCUGUCCUGAACAACCAUGCUUCUUCCUGUAAGCCCAGGUCUCAGUAUGCAUUUAUCAUAAAUAGUUCACUCCUGUUCACUGUUCACUGCCCUCAGAUAUACAAGUUUCUUUGAAAUGUACGUUUGUUUUACAAAUCUUUACAGUCUUUAAGGUUGGGAUCAAGGAGACUGUUCACACCAUCACACAUGAAGAUGGGAUUAUGUUUCUAAGUAAGGAAUUCCUUACUCACAAAUGCUUUGUCCUAUACUGUGCUAUUUUUUAUUUACAAAUGGUAUUCAAGACAACGACAUACUUUAUAAUUUUAUACUGACACAGAAUGCUAAGGAUAAGAACGGCAUUGUAUAAGAAAAAUAUAAAAUAUCACCAGACCUAGCUGUGAGAGGCACAAACUGCUCAGAAGUAGUAAACCAAUAGAGCUGGGGCACAGAUGAUGUUUUGACCUUGUAGAUAGAUAGAUAGAUAGAUAAGCAUUUCCUAUUUUUAAUUUUACCUUUCAGAGCGUCAUCUGAAAAAGGUGGAAAAAGCAGACUGACUGAAUCUGAUGAAUAGAUUCUACUUGACUGUUACUUUACAUCUAGCACUGACUUUUUUUGUGUGUUUGUGUUCUUUGAGCAACAGCUUUAAAUGGAUGUGUUAUUGCAAGCUGCUGAUUUGGUUAGAAGUGCUUCUCAUGUAAUAAAUGCUUGUAAGCUUAAGUAUUUUCCAAAGACACUGUUGUGACAGUAAGUCUGCAGUUUUCAAAGUCCAGCGUGUAGGAGAUAGUGCCAUCCAAUGGUGUGGCUGCAUAUUGCAAAAAAACUGAAAACCCCCAUACUCAACUUUCCCUACAGUGGCUGAAAAUGCAAAA